GCUGGAAUGUGACAGCUUGGCUCAAAAGCUCCAUUCAAGCCAGCCCAGUGAGUCCCUGGCCCGGCCUCGACCAGCAGGCUGGAUCUACGCUGCUCGAACCUUCCGUACAGCAUGGCGGCUCCCGAGGCCGAGGCACAGGAGACUGUCUUCCGUACAACAGGGCCGCCUACAGACUCGGAGCCGCGCCCCUUCCCGCCCAGCUCCCGGAAGUUUCCUUUUGAAAGCGCGGCGGCAGACUCUACCGAGGACUGGGCAGUUGCUGCGGAGGAUCUUUUGAAAGGGAGCGAAGAGGACGACGAAUGGGAGCGGCCGGCACCGGGGGUCCAGCCAAGCCACCCGGCCACGAUGGCAAGUGCUAAGACGGUGUGCGACGCGCAGCCCCACUCGAUGCCGAGCUGCGGCUUGCCCGCAGAUACACAAACUCGAGCUACUUCUAAACUACCUGUUAAAUCUAAAGAAGCUGACAUGCAUAGACAUCUUCAUCCAGGAGGUUCAGAGCCUGAUGUUACAAAAGUCACCAAACCAAGACGAGAGGAUGGGCAGGGAAAAGCUGCGGAGACCGCCAGCAGGAGGAACAUCAGAAACGGCUACAAACCAUCUAAUAAGCAAAAAUCGGAGGAGGAACUAAAGGAUAAAAACGAGUUACUGGAGGCCGUCAACAAGCAGUUACACCAGAAGCUGACAGAGACUCAGGGAGAGCUGAAGGACCUGACACAGAAAGUGGAGCUACUGGAGAAGUUUCAGGAUAACUGCUUAGCAAUUUUGGAGAGCAAAGGUCUCAACCCAGGCCGAGAAACCCUGGCAUCAAAGCAGGAACCCACCACAGACCACACGGAUUCCAUGCUGCUGCUAGAAACUUUGAAAGAUGAACUGAAGAUUUUCAAUGAAACUGCCAAGAAGCAGAUGGAGGAGCUACAGGCCUUGAAGGUGACGUUGAAAUUGAAAGAAGAAGAAAGGCUCCAGUUCCUGAAACAGCAGACCUUACAUCAGGAUGAAGCCAGUGACUUCACAAUAGUCCUGGAGGAAAUGGAGAAGCUCUUAGAAAUGUAAUGCAAGGCAGGCGGCCAGACUCCCGGCAGAGGCCACUUAGCGUAUCUUCAAGGACUCACCAUCCCUUAGGUAGACCUACUGUAGCAGUUGAUCCGAUAAGGGCAGUUGAUGCUGGCGUUCCUCCUUUAAGCAGAUUGCCCCACCUUCAGAUGGCUCAGCUCUCCCGUGAGAGAGGAACCUGGGAUUUUGACUCCACUUCCUGUGCAACAGAGAGAGCAGCAACUUUUAGAACUAGGUACUAAGCCAGCCUUGGAGACUAGAGACCCUCCCUCGGAAGCGUGGGAAGCAAGUCCACACAGCACGUGCACUGUGCAGGAGUCACUGCGAGCCAUGCUGUCCCCUUUGUCUCUCUGGUUAAGCUAAGUUCAUGAACUUGAAACUCUUGACGUCUUUUGUCUUAAUAAAUGGGGUGGAGGUAUAGAAAGUAACACCUACCUGAAACUACACCUGGAGCUUUUGAAAUAAAUAUUUCUAUGAAUAUUAAUAUUUUGACUAA